CAGAAUGCAUUGCACAGCUGCUCCCUUGAAGCGUGGAUGUGAGGCUGACUUUGAACUAACGUGAUUCAGGAGUCGGAUACAGCAGACACGGAUGACUAUCAAGCUGCAUGUUUCCCAUCCUCCAUCCACGUGUAACUUAAGUCCAUUUCGAACAAGUUCUGUCCCUAUGCUUUGAGAGGUGUACCUCAUGAAAUACAUGACAGAAAUCAAGAAGAGGAACAAUGAGCAUAUCGUGAAGUUGAAAAUGGAGAAGACUUUCUCAUACAGGAAGCAAGAAAUCCUUAAAGGAGAGCCUUUGAUUGCAGACUUCAAAAGCAGAUGGCCAGCUCUGGUCACUGCGAAAGAGAUCGAUAGGGAGUUCCAUCGCAUAUCAACUUUACCUCUACUUUCUACAUUCUGUGCUGCUUUUGACCAGUACUCUCCAUGUCUGAUGGAGAUAUUUGAAUGCAAAGGUGGAGCAGCUGGAAGAAAAAUAAGAAAUGUCAUGGCGGAGACUUCCAAGGACGACACAAUUCAAACGAGACGAGCAUGUGUCCUCAAGUCCUUGUGCAUCUACUUGAAAGAAGACAACGAGAAACUUGUGAAGGAUUAUAAGAACACAAACCUCGAGGCCAGUGCUUCCAUGGAGCAAACUGUGAUGGGGGUGUAUGUCAUACAGAAGGAGGGUGCGGAGCCUGAAGAUAAGCCAGAGGACAUUGGUGUCCUGAUCGAAGGUGUGGAGGUCCUCCGUGAGUUAGGAAAUAUUAUGGACGCCUGUGCUUUGUUAUUUGGACUAAUGUACUGUCUGAACCUAAGUUACCCAGCAGACCUCAAAUGCACCUUUGAAUCUGCAAAUACCGAUCUCAUACCAGUGUUUUUAAAAAAUUUUACAUUUCAUUGUUUUAACAGCUGUACUGCCUGUAUUGAUGUGACCAGUAUUGCAAUCUUGUAUGGUAAAUUGUUCCCAGUUUAGUAGCAAAAUGCUACAAUUGGCUGCAUGUGUACAAAAU